CUCCAACUACACCAAGUACAACAACUACCACUGCACUAACUACUACUAUACCAACUACACCAACUCCAACCCCACCAACCACAACCAUUCCAUUUACAACAACCAUAGCUCCUAUUACUGCUAUUCCACCAAAUCAAACUUAUACCGCCUGUGAAUUGGCAGGAGAAUUAGCUUACAUUAGCGGACAAAAUGUAGACUGGAAUACUAAUCUGGAAGAUUGGCUCUGCUUGUCCAAUGUGACCACCAGUUUUACAAAUUCAUAUAUAGAAGUAUCGAGCGCAGAUAGCAGCCUAAUAUAUUAUGGAAUUUUCAAAAUUAGCAAUAGAUGGUGUAUAGAUCCUUAUCAGAAUGCACAGAAUCCAUGCAAUAUUAAUUGUCAAGAUCUGAUUAACAACCUGGAAGGUAGUAUCACCUGUGCACAAUAUAUCGUAGAAGUAAAUGGCUUUCACCAAUGGCCUGAAUACAAAAGAUGGUGCACUAGCGUCCAGGAAAAUUACCUAACAGAAUGUCUACGACCACCUGGAUUCAUAUCAACCGAUGGGCCCGAAACAGCCAAAGUAUUUAAUGAAUUAAGUCAAAAUCAACACAUUGCCUGUUCCGUGCAUGGAGUACCUCCACCAGAGUUAACCUGGGAUGGAGAUACCACCUCGUACAUAGCUAGCUCUGCUGAGAGACUUGAAACAAUCCAAAUUCGUGAAAGAGCGACUGAUGGAUCAUGGAUGGUUCAGCGUCGUCUAACUUUCACUGAAGUCGUUCGAACAGACAACCGAGUGUAUACUUGCCUUGCGAAAAACAUCGCGUCAAAUAAAACGCAAGAAUAUACCCUGACAGUGGUGCCAAUCCCCGACAACCCUUCAUGGACUACGCCGACAUUAGUUUCUACCGGUAUUGCGCUGGCAUUGCUUUUUCCCGCAGCACUGUUGUUACUAUGUCGCCGAAAACGGGCAAUUAAACUAGGAAAAAUGCACGAUGACUUCAAAUAUGGAAGGCCGCUAGAUGACAAACAAGGCGAAAAGAAAAUUAAACGGCGCCUGUCAUUCCUUCCUUCAGAAAUUUACAGAAUUUACCAGAACCUCAACGCACUACCCUUUCCGAAGGAAUUGCAGCUCACUCCAUCACGAUUGACUUUAAAUAAGAAACAUAUACUGGGUCGAGGAGAGUUUGGAACUGUAUAUAUGGGUUUGUUAGAUGGAAUAAUUCCAACGGCGAUUAAAACUGUUACAGACGAUUCGGAUGAUGUAAAACUCAACGCACUUUUGUCAGAGGUGAAAGUCAUGGCUUUUGUCGGAAGCCACACGAAUGUUACACAGCUUUUGGGAGUACAGUUGGUUGACUUGAGAAAGGGUCUGGUAUAUGUCGCUGUCGAGUACUGUUCGCUGGGUUCAUUAAAAGAGUACCUAACAAAACAUAGUAAUGAGCUUGGGACUUCAGGGUCAUUUUACAAAUUCCAAGAUUAUGUGGAUCGACCAAACUUCGUUCAACCAUUAUUUCUUUAUGAAUUAUUGCGGUGGUGUCACCAAGUUUCUAAUGCCAUGGAGUUUCUAGGUUCAAAAAAGAUCAUUCAUGGCGACCUGGCAGCUCGAAAUGUUCUCCUGGAUAAUAAUUUUGUUGCAAAAGUUUCCGAUUUUGGACUUUCUCGUCAGAUGUUCAAUAAUUAUAAACAAUCUGUUGUGGGUUCAUGGGAUACUCCACUUCCAGUAGCAUGGUUAUCCAUUGAGGCUUUGCGACAUUUGCGUUUCUCCAUCCAACCUGACGUUUGGGCUUUCGGUGUAUUCAUGUGGGAGGUAUUCACCAUGGGGGAAACGCCAUACAUCGGUAUUAACUUGGGCCCGGAAUUUGUCCAGUAUUUAGAGGAUGGACACAGAUUAGAAAUCCCAGAACAAGCUACAAAAGAAAUAUAUGGACUAAUGAUGAAAUGCUGGACCUACGCACCCACAAAUCGAAUCAGUUUUCAACAACUGUCAAUCGAACUACUUCGCUUGUACGGUUUAGAGUAUAUGAAGCUAGCAUAACGACAGACAAUCAAACUUAUUCCUGCAAGAAUCGAUUGGACUAAUUUAAAAAAAAAAUAAGGCUCCACUACUUUUACAGUUUCUAAAAUAAAUCAGGCUUAUGAAGA